UAAAAUUAAGGGAUUAAGUGAAAUGGGCUGACGUCUAUCUUUGACGUCAUCAGACAGCGUUCAUCAUCCCAUGAUGCAGUGACAUUGUCUGACUUUAUCCACAGAUAUUAAUUCAAACUGAUUGCUCAAUGUAACUGUUAGGCAAAUCUGAUUUCAAUCGCCGGAGAUAACGCAUAAUACAUGUUUUUGUUCCUCUAUGUGCUGAAAAACUUUGCACAUUUAAUCAGAGCGCGCUGUAAUUGAUCGUUUGUUAGGAAUGUACGUGAUGUCCUGCAAGUCAUCACAAAGUAUGCCAAACUCUGUCGAAACGGGAUAAUCGGGCAUUUUUGUCACAGUACUCCUAGCGCGGUAUGCAUUAAACAUCAGCCUCGUCUCGGAGUUGUCGGGAUAACAAGACUGACAAUGGCGGGAAUAUACCUUGCGGUGUUGGUGCUGAUUUCCAUACCGGUGAAAUCUAAUGGGGACUCCGACCUCAUUUCUAGAAUUUCCAAGUUCCAGUUUCAACAGUCUCUGCUGAACAAAACGGGGAAACCCGUGAUUAGGAUCCCGCCGUUCGGAAGACUUCCAGUAUUGAUGCAGUAUGUUCCGCAAGGAAAACAGUUAAAGGAAAAGAGGUUGAGAAGAAGACUAGGAAAUGACUUUGACAAGUUCUGGAUGUCUGUUGAUGAACCAGCGGAGGAAAGCGAGGACAUCAGUGUUAUCGGCCCGAACUAUGUCAGAUUGCAGAUAUUACAAGAUAUCGAGAACUUUACCAAGUCCUACAAAUUUCAGAUUGAAAACACGACUGAUAUCGUGGACGAAACUGUGUCAUUUUUCAGGAAAAUGAUGAGCUAUGGAUCUUGCAAGGUUAAUUAUAAGUGGGAGGAUUUGAGCAUUCUGUUUUGGCCCCGGUGGGUGAAGCAAGGUUCCUGUAAUACUGAGGUGUCUUGCUCUUUCCCCUCGGGAAUGUACUGUUCCGCGGCCAAGAGUAAAGUCAUCAAGCUGCUGAAAUGGACCUGCAAGAGGAAACGGAAAGGAUCCAAACGGCAGAAAAAGAAAAACAAGCCUGAAGAUCGACAGAAGAAGAACCGUUUUCCUGGCGUUAAAUGCAGAUGGAAGAAGGUACCGUUCCCUGUCACAGCUGAGUGCCUUUGCACGUGCUGACGGCGAUGCUGUCAGUGUUUUGUGUAACAGUGCUUCCUGUGCUGACGACCAGCGGGAUGCCGCAUGAGGUCUGGUAUGCGUUAAUCGAUUCUUAACAAUUGUCAGGCCUCGGGAAUGCUGCAAGAAAUAUGAAAAUAAAAUAUACAUUGAAUUGUGUUCUACAAAGCACAUGGCGAACUCGGAAGAUAAGUCAGGAUUGGCGUGUCAGAAGAAAACAGACUUAAAUGACAGUGUAUCUAUACUGAAAGUAUGUGUAAUAUACUGCAGAGACUCAAGCUUCUGAACUUUCUGUAAAACAUGGAUAUCCACAUACCAAAGUUUGGUGCAUUUGGAUGAAAGACAAAUAAUUGGGAUUUUUGAGAGUAUUUCAGUAGAGUUCCUCUGCGCUUAGAUAAACAGUGUUACUUGUACCAUGAAAAGGACAUCUUAUAUUGAUAAUUGUUGGUAAAUAGUUUCAGCGUAAUUACAAUUAAACAAAUCAAAUUCUCCUUUUGUGAGAUAAAUUAAAUGCACAGUAAUACAAGUCAUAUUUUUUACGAAUUACUUUUUUGAUGUGAAAACCCUUAAACUGUCCUCAACAUUAUAUGAUGCUUCUAGAAAUAUAUUAAUUUUUUUUGUUAUGUUUUCGUCGUUAUUUGUCUCGUAAUAAUUUAUUAAAAUUCAAUAAAAUGUGA